AUGUUGACAACAAACACUUACGAGACGGCUGUAGAACUACUCAACCAAACUCAAUCAAACGCUUCCAUCUUGCAAGCUGUUCGAGCUUCCGGGGGCAAGUUGAAUGAACGGAGCAUGCCUGAAAUGAGAGAAUACAUGGCCAGACUCGGUUACUCUAUGGCUGACUUGGACGAGCUCAAUGUUAUACAUGUUGCUGGUACAAAGGGCAAGGGCUCAACAUCUGCAUUCUGCGAAUCGAUACUCCGGAGGUGCCAUGUCGUGUCGAGUGGCUCUGAUGGUGGUCAAACGACGACAAGGCCACUGAAGACAGGAUUGUAUACUAGUCCUCACAUCCUUCAAGUCCGGGAACGUAUACGACUUGAUGGGCAGCCGCUGAGUAAAGCCAAGUUUACAAAAUAUUUUUAUGAAUUGUGGAAUCGAUUUGAUGAGACUCAGGAUCAAGUAUCAGAAGGAACAACAUCAAAACCACCAUAUUUCCGCUUCUUAACUGCUCUAGCUUUCCACGUCUUCAAGAAGGAAGGUGUUGAUGUGGCAAUCAUGGAAGUUGGAAUGGGUGGUGCUUAUGAUGCUACAAAUGUCAUUCGUAAACCUAUAGUAUGCGCUAUAUCGUCCUUGGGACUGGAUCAUACGGCUAUAUUGGGAAAGACGCUGCCUGAGAUUGCGUGGCAUAAGGCUGGUAUCAUGAAGGCUGGCAUUCCUUGCUUUACCUCGCCACAAAAGGAAGAUGCAUUCAAAGUCAUUGAGGAACAAGCUUUGGAGCUUAAGGCAUCCGAGUUGUCGAUAUCACUGCCCUCAGUCGUUGAAGGAAUUACACUAGGACUCGCAGGCUCACACCAAAAGUUGAAUGCCUCACUCGCCGUAUCAGCAUGCACGACAUGGAUUCAUACCAUGCAAGCAAAAAAACUCUAUACAUUUGAUUCGAGUUGCAUUCCACUCCUCGCAUCCGAUGAUUCAAAGCAACAGCAACAGGAGCUUCUUCCACAACCGUUUAUUGAUGGGCUGGCUUCCACAACGUGGAUUGGUAGGGCACAAGAGUACCACGCAGCGCAAUAUCCGAACGUGACUUGGUUUUUAGAUGGUGCUCAUACUCCUGAGAGCAUAUUGGUGUGUACUGAAUGGUUUGAGGGUGCUGUCAAGAAGUAUGUGGAUCAUACAAGGACCACACUUAUAUUCAAUUGCAACUCAACACACGGACGGGAUGGUCCCGAACUCCUCAAACCAAUCGCAGAACUCCAUCUCCAACACAAUAACCUAUUCUCCCGUGUAAUCUUCACACCAAACGACCCAUACCGCCCAAACACUAGGACACUAGCCGAUUAUACCAAUAAUAUGGUUGACGCAGACAAGUUAUUGACUGCUCAGUACGCAUUGCAAGCUGCUUGGAAGGAGUUUAUGGAUACCGCUGGAUCAGAAGCUGUUACCGAGACAUUUGUGGUUUCUUCUAUUGAAGAGGCUGUUGAAUUGGCUGCUGUCGGUGGGAGCGAGGAAGAGAAGACACCUGUACUGGUUACAGGUAGUCUGUAUCUUGUUGGUGGGGUGUUGACUAAUUUGGGAGCAGAGUGUAUCUAA